AUAAUGUUCUCUGAUUCUAACCCUGUAAUUUUAUUGUUUACAUUUUAUUUAGAUUUUGUAACGAAACAAACAGAAUGCCCAUAGCUCAAUUUGCAGAAACCGAAUCCAGUAGUGAUUCUUCCAAAUCGAAGACUUUUGUAUUCAAAGAUGAAGGACAUACACUGGGUAAUGCCCUAAGAUGUGUUAUAUCUAAUUAUCCAGAUGUACAAUUUUGCGGUUAUACUGUUCCACAUCCUGCUGAAUCUAAAAUGCAUUUUCGUAUUCAAAUGCAUAAAGGCAAAGCAGUGGAUGCUCUAAAGAGGGGCCUGGAAGAUCUCGUUAAUGUUUGUGAUAAUACAUUAGAAAAAUUUGAAGAAGAGCUACAAAACCAGUAAUAAAUUUGAGCUAGAAAAAUUAAUUUAAGGUUAUGUACAUACACCUUUGCAGUAUAAUUUUUUUAUAUUUAUUUCAUAUAAAUUGAUAAAGUGUAAACCUUAAUUUGGCUUCGGUUUGUAUAGAUAAUUUACAAUUAUU